CCGAAAAUUGCUCCAAAGUCAUAGACAGGCACCGGCACAGGCACAGCAGCACCUUCCUUUACAAGCACCCCUUUCCUCCUUCGUCGUCUCCACCGCAUCAAACGCCUCAUAUAUCGAUUUCAAUCUCCUCUGAAGAUCCAAACCCCCAAACCCCAAACCCUCUCUGUAAUGCCAUCCCCUUCGACGACCUCCGCCAAUUGCACCUCCGAGAUCUUCUCGCCGGCCCUCUGAUCUUAGUCGUUGUCGGUUCAAUUACUUCACUCGGCGCAUUCGAAACGACUCUUCUGCAUUUGUUGUAAUGGGAGCCGUGCCUUCUACGCCGCGAUGGGGCAGCAGCACCAGCUCCGCCUCGCGCCCACUUGACACGGUGGAGUACCUGAUUAGCACCUUCAUCGGCGACGAGUCGUUUCCGUUAUCUUCCGAUUUCUGGAACAAACUCCUCCAACUCCCUCUCAAUCUACACUGGCAGCCUGACCGCGUUCAUCAAGCUUGCCAAACUCUCGCACAAAACAACUAUCGUACCAGGCAUCUUGCAAAGAUUUUGAUCCACAUGGCACGGUGUUUGCAAGAAUCGAUUUCAACCUCUUCUGGUGCGCCUUCUAUUGUUUAUAUGAAGGCUGUAAAUGCAGUGUACAUCUCAUCCGUCUUUCUAAAGUACUUCAUUGAAAAUGCGAAGGAUGAGAAGAUUGAAGAGUUGCAUUUAUCCCUUGAAGAAAGUGAACCAAUGCCAACUGAUAUUACAAAAGAUUUAAACACUCAGGAAUUUGUUAUGCAUAGUGUGCUUAGCUUUAUUGGGUCAAUAGAUGUAAGUCCUGAUACAUACCUCCUUCAUUUGGAGCUGCUUAACUUCAUGCUGGUUGUGAUGUCAACUCAGCUUCUUUCCGGGCCAUCUCCAGGACCGGAAGAUGUGAACCCAUUCAUCGAUGCAGCAAUGUCUCAGGAAAGUUCUUUGGUUCUCGUGGUUGUCCGUAGACUGCUCCUCAGUUACAUUUCAGGACCUUCCAUAUCCCUAAAUAGUGCAUCUUAUUCUGUAUAUUCUGAAGGAAGUCAGCCUGGUGUUUUACAAAGAGUUGGUUCUGCAGCUGCAAAUUUCAUGUUAUUGCCAUUCAACUUUCUUGUCAGUUCUAGUGGUGAAGGCUCAAGAAGUCUGUUGGCAGACUGCAGUCUCCACGUGCUACUUAUUCUCAUUCAUUAUCGUAAAUGCGUUGAGGGCAUUGAACCAAUUACAGAUAAAAGUAAUGAUACAACUGCUUCAGAUUCCCUUUUGAAAGGGAGUACACAUUUUUCUGACAACCCUUACUGCAAGGCCUUAGAACAUGCAACAGAUGUUGAAUUUGAUCGUGCAGAUACUGAGGGUAAUGUACAUGUUGGUCCAGUUUUGAGGUUACCUUUUGCGUCUCUGUUCGAUGCUCUUGGGAUGUACUUGGCUGAUGAGGCUGCUGCUCUUUUGCUUUACUCUUUGUUGCAAGGGAAUGCUGGCUUUCUGGAGUAUGUCUUGGUGCGAACUGAUUUGGAUACACUGUUGAUGCCUAUACUGGAAGCUUUAUACAAUGCUCCAAAGAGGACAUCUAAUCAAAUCUACAUGUUGCUUAUUAUUCUUCUCAUACUUAGUCAGGAUUCUUCUUUUAAUGCCAGCAUUCACAAAUUGAUACUUCCUAGUGUUCCCUGGUAUAAAGAACGUCUCCUCCAUCAAACAUCUCUUGGUUCGUUAAUGGUCAUUACGCUGAUACGGACAGUGCAGUAUAACCUAUCGAAGUUGCGGGAUGUUUAUCUCCAUACAACUUGUCUGGCAACUUUGGCAAACAUGGCACCUCAUGUCCACCGUUUGAGUGCAUACUCAUCCCAGAGAUUGGUCAGCCUUUUCGAUAUGCUCUCUCGAAAGUAUAACAAAUUAGCAGAAGUGCGAGAUAAUCAGAUGCGAUUAGCCAAAGGCAACUCAUUUGAAGGAAAUGGCCUUGCAGAUGAUACAUCAACAGAGAUGCAUAUAUAUACCGACUUCUUGAGACUAGUUCUUGAAAUAUUAAAUGCAAUUUUGACUUAUGCCCUGCCACGAAAUCCUGAGGUUGUAUAUGCAAUAAUGCACAGGCAGGAGGUUUUUCAGCCUUUCAGGAAUCAUCCACGCUUCAGCGAGCUGCUUGAAAACAUCUACACUGUGUUAGAUUUUUUCAAUAGCCGCAUGGAUGCCCAGAAUACGGAUGGUGAAUGGUCAGUAGAGAAAGUACUCCAAGUCAUAAUAAUUAAUUGCAGAUCAUGGCGGGGUGAAGGGAUGAAGAUGUUCACUCAGUUGCGGUUCACAUACGAACAAGAGAGUCAUCCGGAGGAGUUCUUUAUUCCGUACCUGUGGCAGCUAGUUCUAUCUCGCUGCACGCUCGGUUUCAACCCUCGAUCCAUAAAUUUGUUUACAGUUGAUCCUCCUUCCGAAAAACAGAGUGAUUAUGAAGUGGAAUCCAGCGAUCGUGUUAAUGGAGAGUCGGCGAAGCAAGCAGUCUUUGUUGAUCCGUAGAUGUGAUACAGAACGAUGCUGCAAGAGACGCUGAGGCUCUCCGGAGGAUGUGUAGAUACGUGAAAUAGUAGCAAAGAUGUAUUCUUGUCAUUCUUUUUCUGUUUAUAUGUUUGCAACACUAGUACCUCUUAUACGAAAACGUAUUCCAAAAUCCAAAUCUCCAAUGUAAUCUAUACUACCUAUUAACUGAACUCUACUUCUCACCAA